AACAAACAACAACAAAAAAACCCUAAAGAUUUCUGGGUAUUCAAGUCCUCCCAAAGUGUGGUUCAUCCCAUCAAAGCCUGACAUUGCUGCUUGGGGGCAGCAGCCUGUGCAAAGCCCUGUUUUCUCUCCUGGGAUGCGCAGCAUGCACCCCAGGGAAGCGAUCCAUGGCCAUGGUGAAGCAGCUGGCACCCUAGCGAGCCCGUGCUGGUGCGGUGACUCCUACCCCAGCCCCGGUACCGGGGGCAGAGGGAUGGGUGAGCACAAAACGGGGCUUCCCCGCUGGCCGGUUCAGCUGUUCCCCUCCGGUUGUUCGGUGUUUCCGAAGCGUUACCAACACUUGGCCGCGCUGAGGAGCCCCCGGGGCGGGGUGGGCACCGCCCGCUCCCGGCGCUGCUCCGCUCGGCCCACGCGGGGUUUUCCCCGCGGGGAGGUCCCCGAGGGCAGAGCCCAGCGGCGAGGCGGGGCCGGGAUGCGGCUGCCGGAGCUGUGCCUGGCGCUCCUCUACGCCGCCGGCACCGGAGCCCCGCGGGCAGCCCGGGAGCGGCCGCUGGGCCGUGGGGAGCCCGGGGCGGCCCGCGUGGACCCCCGGCAGGCGUGGAUGCUGCUGGCCGGGAGCCCCGGCACGGGCAGCGGCGAUCGGGGCCCCGGAUCUCCGGGAAAAACAAGCUCGGGAGCCGCGCAGGCCGGCGGCAGCGGGGCUGGCCCGGCCUCCCCCGCCCUAGCGGAGGAGCUGCUGAGGGAGCUGCAGCUCCUGCUCACAGGCGCGGCAAAGAUGUGCAGGACAGCUGGGGAAGGGUGUAAGGAGGAAGAAAGCAGCAAAGGCAGCCCCCAGGCCAGGGCCCAGCGUCGUGUGGAAGCAGCCUUCCAUUGUCAAACCCGUGAAGACAUCGUUGUGGAGAAGAUGUGGCAGGAGCUGGGGCUGUUCUAUAUUCCUGAGAAGGAGGGGAUGUUCCACCGUGGCCCAGGGCUGAACCUGACCAGCGGGCAGUACACAGCUCCCUUUGCAGGAUUCUACACCUUCAGCAGCACGCUGCACAUUGCACGCCGGGAGCCGCGGAGGAGGAGGCAGGGAUGCCGAGGGAGCCGCCUGCGGGUGCUGAUCUGUGUGCAGUCCUGCUGCCAGCACAACAGCCAUCUGGAGAGCAUAUCCCAGCUGGAGAGCAGUGGUGACCUUUUCACCAUCUCUGUCACAGGCACCCUGUACCUGCAGGCUGGGCAGUAUGCCUCUGUUUUCGUGGACAACACGGCGGGCUCUCCCCUCACAGUUCAAAGUGGCUCCGAUUUCAGUGCUGUUCUGCUGGGAGUGUGAAGAGGCUGAACCAUGCUGAACCUGUGCCAGAAGCAGCCAGACCCUUCCCUCUGCCAGCCACCAUCGUGCUCAGCACCAAGCCUAAGGAAGACUGUUUGCUCAUGCAGGAAACUACAGUCUGGUCCGAUACUGCUCACACUGCAGAACCAGCUAAAGAUGGACAAAAGAUCAUGAAGAAGAUGAUUAUGAUGAUGGUAAUAAAGCAACCUGACCAGGA